AUGGAUACCAACAGUAUGGCGCAUAAUGAAGCUAGGAAUGCUGGUGGAGUCAUCCCAACAACAACAAGAGGAAGAGGUGGCGGCCCGAACCUGAUCUCCACUGGUGGUCGUGGAAUCUCCAUGCUGCUGGGGAGGAUGUUGACUGAAAACAUGGUGGCUCUGGCAAAAGCAGCAGGAGCAGCUCGCUAUGCUUGGGGUGGGUAUGGAGAGGUAAACGUUCAACCUACUGAGACUCAAAACCUCUUCAUAUUCACCUUCAUUAACCAGGAGAUUAGAGAAAGAAUCUAG